ACGAAAAAGAAAGUAGAAAAAUUAGAGUUUUGAGAAAUGGGUACUUCAGCAAAAACCAGCGGAGAAGAGAAAGAAAACGACGUGAAUAUGGCGACCGCGCCUUCUUCACCUCGACUCACCGCUCCCUCUGCCACUGAAUCCACAAACUCCACCCCUCACGUCUCCUUGAACCCGGUGGAGGAUGAUGCUAUCAAAAAUGGGGGUUUGUUGCAUACCGAUGAAGUAAAACCUGACAAUGAUGAUGGACUUGAUCACCUGGACAGCAAGCAGUGCAUUGAAAGGUUUAGGAAUUAUGAGAAUGAAUUCACUCAUCGUUUAUUGGCCAAAUACUUCUCGGGCAAUAACCUUAAUGGAGGCAACAGUUUUUAUGAGGAAAUAACUAUAGGCGAUGAAGUUAUAAUAAAGGCAAGCAGGGUACCUUGUUUCCAGAUAUAUGCUGAUUCUGUCGUCGGUUUUGAAGAGCAAUGCAGCAACGAGUCGUCUUCACCUGCAGAAACACAAGAUAUCACCCCUAUUGGGACACCCAAGGUGAAGGAGGGCUGAAGUAAUUUGCAUGGAGAAGGAUCAAUGCAUAUGUUAUCUUAAAGCAGUUUAACAUAGAUGGAAGCAUUAGAACAAGAGUCUUGAAACUUAAAAGGAUGGUUAUGACAUCAAACUAUCAAUUCCUUAGACUAAAAGAUUUCCUGGUCGUGAUCAUUAUUAUCUGUGUAAAGAAGGGCUUUUAAGUUAUAUUCACCAUAAAGUAAAAAAAUAUCAAUUGUUUUAUUUUGUAGUCGUUGUUCAUUUUCAAGUUCACCAUAAUUGUGUUUUUAUGGUUCCAUUUCAAAAUUUUAAUGUAAUGUAGGUCAAGCAAGUCUAAAUUACUUAUCAUUAUGGACCUCAGGAACAAUACUAAUGACCUCAUAGAACAGUAAGCGAUUUUACAAGUGAAUGUUAUAGUUUGUUA